AUGGCUACAUUAGACAAUUCGAGUUUAAACAAUUCAACAAAAUCAGAACCAUCUCCAGGAUUGCCUUUACCAGUACAAUUCAUCUAUCUCUUUCUAUUUGGCCUCGUCGUACUCUUGGCUGUUUGUGGUAAUAGCAUUGUUAUUUGGAUUGUUCUCGCUCAUCGCCGUAUGAGAACACCGACAAAUUAUUUUCUUGUUAAUCUUGCAUAUGCCGACGUCCUCAAUGCCAUAUUCAAUAUUUCAUUUAAUGGCUAUUACAUGGUCGCACAAGUGCCAUGGCCGUUCGGAAAUCUUAUGUGUAAGUUAGUACAGGCUGUUUCUCAUGUCUCCAUUGCGGCUAAUGUCUUGACAUAUGUUGCGAUCAGUCUAGAUCGAUACUUUGCGAUAAUUCAUCCGUUGCGUACGAAAUUAACGCAUAAACAAACGAUUAUGAUUCUGUGUGGAAUUUGGAUUUUGUCGCUGCUGGUAUCAUCACCAGCCAUUCGUUCGUUUAGUUAUGUUAAACAUGCUUGUAAAAUCGAUGAUAUCAAAAGUCAUGACAAAUUUGAAUGGAUCUUCUUUUCGGUGACGUAUAUUGGCCCGAUUGUUAUACUAACUAUCACAUAUACAAGGAUAGCGAUUGAACUAUGGGGACAAACAGCUAUCGGAGAAGUUACUAAACGACAACGUGAUUCCAUUCAAUCGAAACGGAAAGUUGUCAAAAUGCUAAUCGCUGUUGUUUUAAUAUUCGGCAUUUGCUGGCAAGAAUAUUCCUACCAUCUUGCUUUUCCAUACAAAAUCUCGGAAUAUUUUUAG